AUGGCCUCACCACAGAAGCUCCGAACUCCCAUCACCGAUCUUUUCAAGAUCAAGCAUCCCGUCCUCCUUGCGGGCAUGAACGUUGCCGCUGGUCCCAAGCUUGCCGCCGCAGUCUCCAACGCUGGUGGUCUCGGUGUUAUUGGUGGUGUCGGCUAUACCCCUGACAUGUUGCGCGAGCAAAUCGCCGAACUCAAGAGCUUCCUUGACGACAAGAACGCUCCCUUCGGUGUCGACCUGCUUCUUCCCCAGGUUGGCGGUAGCGCUCGCAAGACCAACUACGAUUAUACCAAGGGUAAGCUCAACGAGCUGGUCGAUAUCAUUAUCGAGGAGGGCGCCAAGCUCUUUGUCUCUGCCGUCGGGGUACCUCCCAAGGCUGUUGUCGACAAGCUCCAUGCCAAUGGCAUCGUCUACAUGAACAUGAUCGGCCAUGUCAAGCACGUCCAGAAGUGCCUUGACCUCGGCGUCGACAUCAUCUGCGCCCAGGGUGGCGAGGGUGGUGGCCACACCGGUGAUAUCCCCACGACUAUCCUCAUCCCCGCUGUUGUGGACAUCUGCAAGAAGCACAAGUCCCCUCUCACCGGCGGUCCUGUCCAGGUUAUUGCUGCUGGUGGUAUCCACAACGGCCAGCUCCUCGCUGCCUCCCUCAUGAUGGGUGCUGGUGCUGUUUGGGUCGGAACCCGCUUCAUUCUCACUGACGAGGCUGGUGCUCCCAAGGCUCACAAGGAGGCUGUUCGCACAUCUGGACACGACGACAACAUCCGCACUAUCAUCUGGACAGGUCGUCCUAUGCGUGUCCGUAACAACGACUAUAUUAAUGACUGGGAGACCAACCGCCAGGCAGAAAUUAAGGAGCUCGUCUCCAAGGGCGUCAUUCCCUACGAGGCCGAUCUUGACAAACUCGCUGAAAGCACCAGCGAGAGCGAAAAUGACGACGACGAGGACAUCCUUGACAAGUACCGACCUUACCUCAUGGGUAAGUGUGCUGCUGUUGUCAACGAGCAGAAGCCUGCCAAGGCUGUCGUUGAUGAGUUUGUUGACGAUGCCGUUGCUUGGUUGCAAAGAGGCAACAAGAUGAUUGCCAAGCUGUAA